AUGCCACUGAGUUCGACGACUGUAACUGAGACGUUUUGUCGGAAUUGGCACAAGUACAAUUUCGAUUUUACGAUCUUCCCCAAUGGAGAUGAAGAUGAAUACCGCAUGGAUACAGACAAUCAAGGAAGAAAGAGCGAGACAUACAAGAGAGCCGAUAAGAUAUAA